GAGGCUGUAGUAAUCGCUGUUCAGACUCUGAAUUCGUCUCGUCUUAUAAUCAGUGAAUUAUUUACGUAUCCCACAUUUUGAGCUUGUGUGCCAAAAUGAGAUCUGAUUAUUAUAUAUUGUGUAAUGACAAGAAGGUUGCCUUGACAACUCCGAUAACAAACCCCAGGUGUAUUUACUGCGCCAUGGAUGAACCGGAGGGCUUGUCUUAUGAAGUACCACCAUAUAAAAACUUACAACAUACAAAUAAGGCGUUCGAUAUUCUUAAUAUCUUUAGAAAACAAAAUCAACUAUGUGAUGUAAUUCUCGAAGCUGAAGGCGUUGAGAUUCCCGCUCAUCGAGUGGUGUUAGCAUCUUGUAGUCCAUACUUUUCAGCCAUGUUCACAGGAGAGCUGGCAGAAAGUCGAGCUGAACGAGUCACUUUGCAAGAAAUUGAUGGCAAAGCAUUAAAUUUACUGGUAGACUAUGUUUACUCUGCUGAAGUCCAAGUAACAGAAGAUAAUGUGCAGGCAUUGUUACCAGCAGCUAAUUUACUUCAGUUACCUGAUGUACGUGAUGCCUGUUGUGAUUUUUUACAACGACAAUUACAUCCAACUAACUGUCUCGGUAUUCGAGCAUUUGCUGAUGUUCAUGCCUGUGCUGAUUUACUGAAUUGUGCACAGAAUUACACAAUGCAACACUUCAGUGACGUGAUUCAAGGAGACGAAUUUUUAACACUGUCAGCGGGUCAGGUGUGUGAAUUAAUAUCAUCCGACCAUUUAACAGUGCCAACAGAAGAAAAGGUUUUUGAAGCUGUUAUUGCCUGGGUAACACACGACUCACCAAAUAGACAAGAACAUACCGCUAUUUUAAUGGAACAUGUUAGACUGCCAUUGCUAUCCAGAGAAUUUUUAGUACAGACAGUGGAAGAAGAAUCGUUGGUGAAGUCCAAUAACUCAUGCAAGGAUUAUUUGAUAGAGGCAAUGAAAUAUCAUUUACUAUCUAGUGACCAGAGAUCUAUGUUAAAAACACCAAGAACACGACCAAGGACACCCAUUGGACUUCCUAAGUUAAUGUUUGUAGUUGGUGGGCAAGCACCUAAAGCUAUAAGGAGUGUGGAAUGUUAUGAUUUUCAAGAAGAAAGAUGGUACCAAGUCGCAGAGAUGACAUCAAGAAGAUGUCGGGCUGGUGUAGCAGUUAUAAAUGGUUUGAUAUUUGCAGUAGGCGGAUUCAACGGAUCAUUACGUGUUAGAACUGUGGAUGUCUAUGACCCAGCCAAGGAUCAGUGGUCGUCAGUGGCCUCAAUGGAAGCUAGACGUAGUACACUGGGUGUAGCAGUUUUAAAUUCCUAUGUGUAUGCAGUCGGGGGUUUUGAUGGUUCUACAGGUCUUGCAAGCUGUGAACGCUAUGAUACAAAGUGCAAUGAAUGGCAGCCAAUAGCCACAAUGAGUGUCAGAAGAAGCAGUGUAGGCGUGGCUGUACUAGGAGGUUAUAUGUAUGCUGUUGGUGGAUAUGAUGGUGCCUCACGACAUUGCUUGAGUUCUGUGGAAAGAUAUGAUCCAUCAAUCAAUGAAUGGACACAAGUUGCGGAAAUGAGCUGUAGAAGGUCUGGUGCUGGUGUUGGAGUGGUAGGUGGUUUAUUACAUGCAGUUGGAGGCCAUGAUGGCCCACUCGUUAGAAAAAGUGUUGAAGUUUAUAAUCCUGAUCUAAAUCAGUGGACACAAGUAGCAGAUAUGACACUUUGUAGAAGAAAUGCAGGUGUGUGUACUGUCAAUGGAUUGCUGUAUGUGGUAGGAGGUGAUGAUGGGUCUGCUAAUCUCUCCUCAGUAGAGUGUUAUAAUCCACGUACAGAUACAUGGUGCUUGAUACCAUCCUGUAUGACGACUGGUAGAAGUUACUCUGGAGUAUCUGUUAUUGAUAAGCCCUCCUGACUAGACGGGGAGCAAGAGGAGGCGUGCCAAUCCUGCCAAUCUAUUUCACUACGUCUAGGUGACACUGCAGUGUAACUGCACACAUGACUAGACCUGUACUACAUUUACAUCGAUGAUACUGUGGUGUAAUCGCAGUAUCAUGUCAAGGCAACACUGCAGUGUAACCACACAUGUACUACUUUAAACCAAACUGCAGUGUAACCACACGUGUACUACUUUUAGACCAAACUGCAGUGUAUCUGCACAUGUAGUACUUUAAACCAAACUGCAGUGUAACCACACAUGUACUACUUUAAGAUCAAACUGCAGUGUAACCACACAUGUACUACUUUAAGAUCAAACUGCAGUGUAACCACACGUGUACUACUUAACGACCAAACUGCAGUGUAACCACACGUGUACUACUUAACGACCAAACUGCAGUGUAUCUGCACAUGUACUACGACAAAGCGAUACUAAACUGGAACCGCUACAUUACUUGUCAAGAAGACAUUGCAGUGUGUAAUUGUGCAUGCAGAACAUCAAGGCAACACUGUGUUUGUAAUUACAUCUGGGUGACACUGCAUUGUUGCUACAUGAGUAUUGUACUUGUGCAAAGUUUUUGAUGACUGUGACAUUUAUCACAUAGGACUAAAAUUCUGUCGUAUUGAUGCAGACGAAACAGUAAGCCAUUUUUGAUUUACGACAAGUCUGUUCUGCGUGAAUUUAUAAAUAAAUAGAAGAUGUUAAUAAAUAAUAUUUUGAAUCAUUUUCAUAAAUUUCAUAAUAUAUCUAUAUUGUCAAUUAGAACCCUCUUGUAACUGAAGCAUUCAAAAUAUGAGUGGGGCCAGUGUUCCCGAAUUCAGAUCACAUGCUCAAUCAGAUAAGAAUUGUCAUAACUAUUUAAAACUAAAAAGAAAAAAUGUUUAGUCUAAAAUAAUGUGAGUUGUUCAAAUGAAAUUAUUGUUAGCUAUUGAUAAUAGUUGACAUACAAAUGCUAUUUUGCAUAAAUUUAUAAAUAUUACAAAAAAAAAUAUUCUAGAUCAUAACACUAAAAAUAUUGUGAUAUAUUAAUAUACUAGUAUUUAAUUAUUACAAUAUACCUAAAGAGUUGAUGGGACCUACUGUUUUGUUGUUGUCAUGACAACACCUGAUAUUACUCUUUCCAAGUUUUUUGCCAUUUCAAUGUUUUAAUGACCCUUUUCUACCUCUUGAAUUAGCCAUAUAUAUCAGUUUAGUAUUAUAUUUCCACAAGUACUGAUCUGGAAGAUGACAUCACCACUAUGUGAGAUGACAUCAUCACUAUGUGAGAUGACAUCGUCACUAUGCGAGAUGACAUCGUCACUAUGCGAGAUGACAUCAUCACUAUGCGAGAUGACAUCAUCACUAUGCGAGAUGACAUCACCACCAUGCGAGAUGACAUCACCACUAUGGGAGAUGACAUCACCACUAUGUUAGAUGGCAUCACCACAAUGUGAGAUGACAUCACCACUAUGUGAGAUGACAUCACCACUAUGUGAGAUGACAUCUCCACUAUGGGAGAUGACAUCACCACUAUGUGAGAUGACAUCACCACUAUGUUAGAUGGCAUCACCACAAUGUGAGAUGACAUCACCACUAUGUGAGAUGACAUCACCACUAUGUGAGAUGACAUCACCACUAUGGGAGAUGACAUCACCACUAUGGGAGAUGACAUCACCACUAUGGGAGAUGACAUCACCACUAUGGGAGAUGACAUCACCACUAUGGGAGAUGACAUCACCACUAUGGGAGAUGACAUCACCACUAUGUGAGAUGACAACACCACUAUGCGAAAUGACAUCACCACUAUGGGAGAUGACAUCACCACUAUGCGAAAUGACAUCACCACUAUGCGAGAUGACAUCACCACCAUGUGAGUGAAGUACAUAGCUAUUGAAGUUGUCCCAUGACAUCAUUCAUGUAGCUUGAUUGGGGUCUUAGAACAUGUGAAAUAUUUUUUGAUCUGAAUGUGCACGAAAUGGUUCUUCGUUACUGCUGGUUGUAGUAAUUUGCACAGAAGUGAAUCUUUGUUAUUAUGAAAUAUUUCACAUACCCCAAUAAAGCUCUAUGAAUUCUCUUGGGAGCAACUCUACAGUGACACUUGUAAUAAUAACAAACAUGUACUUUGCAUGUUUUCAACAAAACUAUUUAUGUAAGUGGUCCAAAAAUGUGUUCUUUUCUGCUGAAAUUGUGAGAUAGUAUUAGAAAAUUCAGGUUUUAACUUUACAUAUCAUUAAUGAUAUAAUUCACCUUGGUAAACAUUCUCUCAUAAAAUCUAUAUGACAUAAAGGCCAGUGAUAUUUAAAUACAUUUCUGUAUGUGAUCUUUAACAAGAAACAGUAAGAAAAAUAGUUUGAGCCAGUAUCUAGGUUUAAAUACAAAUUGUGGGGAAUUUUUGGAUUCCCAAUUUUGUUUCGUAAUUAGUAAAUUCAAAUAUGGUUUGUAUACUUGCCUUGAACAAAUUCAUUUUGAGUUACAGUGCGGUGUGUGGGAGGUGCUGCCAUUAAAGAUGAUAUAGUUAUUCAUUACAAUAUCCAUCAAUUUUUACAUUUUCAAUUUCCUUUUUGAAUCACCAGGCAGGUACCUGAAAUGAUUCACUUAUUUUUGUGCAUUUCAUGACAAGUUUAUGACUAUUUUUGGUCAAUAACUGAUAUUUUCAAUUUGCUUUUGGAAAACUUAAGCCUGAUUGCUUUAAAAAGCAUGUACCUGGGUUAAUUCCAAGUUCUUCGUCUCUUGGAACAUUUUAUAUUUUAGUCAAUGUUUUUGCAUGUUUUUGGUAACUGAUAUUUUUGACUCAAUUUCUCUGAUUUUCUUUAUAGGGUGACUAUUUUCAUUUGAUACAUGUAUACUGGUAAAUAUUUCAAGACAUUUUUACUUUGAAUACUGGAUCAAGCAGAUUCAUUAGAAUAUAUAGACUGCUUGUUUGAGUAUGUGAUGCAAACAGCAUCAGAUGUAACCCACCCCCAAUAUAUUUAUUUAUGGUGAGUGUUUGAUUGGGUGGAUGGGUGACAUAAUAAUGUUAAAAAUGGAAAAAACUCAACUCAAAACCAGACACGUUUUAUUUUGGCAUAUUCUGAAAUGCAAAAAAAAAAAACAUGCAUUUCUGUUAUUCACUGUUACGUUAUUUACUGAGGUAGGGAUCUUGCUAGUCAGUGCAAAGCUACUUACAAGAUUAUACCUGAUUGGCUACCAAAACCUGACACACAACAGUUAGACCAAUCAGAGAGCAGCUUUCAAACAAAUUUAGCCAUAUAUAUAUAUAUAUAUAUAUGCUUUGUCAUUGGUAUGUAUUCAUUCAAGGGUGAUUGGACUGAAUUUUCUUUUUAAUGUCAGUUCAUGCCAAUAAUAUACCAAAAUUGAAAACAAAUGUAUACCAGUACAUGGCAUGUCAAAUAUAUUGGUUAUACAAAAUUUGACUGAUGUGAUUGGAAAGGUAAAUUUGACAGAUAUAAUGCUUACCAUUAUCUGAUGUAAUUCCUGUACUGCAUUCAAACUUCAAAUACUAAAUCCUAUCUAUUGCCAUAUUGUCAGUUUCAUUACUAUGUUAGUAAUAUGUUUAUUAUUUAUUUGAUGUGACUGCUUUUCUAUGUACAGAGCUUUGUUGUAAAUAAAUUUAACAUAAUAAACAUAUAA